AUGGACGGGACUGGCCGGCGGGUGCUGGUGGAGGACAAGCUGCCCCACAUCUUUGGCUUCACGCUGCUGGGGGACUACAUCUACUGGACGGACUGGCAGCGCCGCAGCAUCGAGCGCGUCCACAAACGCACCGCCGAGAGGGAGUUCAUCAUCGACCAGCUGCCCGACCUCAUGGGCCUGAAGGCCACCAGCGUGCACCAGGCCUACGGGACCAACGCGUGUGCGGAGGCUAACGGCGGCUGCAGCCAUCUUUGCCUCUACACUCCUCGGGGGGUGCAGUGCGGCUGCCCCAUCGGCCUGGAGCUGAUCGCGGACAUGAGGACCUGCAUCGUGCCCGAGGCCUUCCUGCUCUUCUCCCGCCACACCGACAUCCGCCGCAUCUCCCUGGAAACCAACAACAACAACGUGGCCAUCCCGCUCACCGGGGUCAAGGAGGCGUCCGCCCUGGACUUCGACGUAACCGACAACCGGAUCUACUGGACAGACAUCACCCUGAAGACCAUCAGCCGGGCCUUCAUGAACGGCAGCGCCCUGGAGCAUGUGGUGGAGUUCGGCCUAGACUACCCAGAAGGCAUGGCGGUGGACUGGCUGGGGAAGAACCUGUACUGGGCCGACACCGGGACCAACCGCAUCGAGGUGGCCAAACUGGACGGGCAGCACCGGCAGGUCCUGGUCUGGAAGGACCUGGACAGCCCCCGCGCUCUGGCCCUGGAUCCAGCUGAGGGGUACAUGUACUGGACGGAGUGGGGCGGGAAGCCAAAGAUCGACCGGGCGGCGAUGGACGGGACGGGCCGCGUUACGCUGGUGGCCGACGUGGGCCGGGCUAACGGGCUAACCAUCGACUACGCAGAGCGCCGCCUCUACUGGACAGACCUGGACACCACGCUCAUAGAGUCCUCCAACAUGCUGGGUAAAGACCAGGUUAUAGACCUGGAUUAG